AAAAGAAUGUAUACAUGUAUGUGUGACUGGGUCCCCUGGCUGUGCAGUGGAAAAUUGACAGAACAUUGUAAAUCAACUCUAAUGGAAAAAAUAAAAAUCAUAAAAAAAAUCAAUACAGUCUGAGUUUUAAAAAGGGACUCAGAGGAAUGGAUUUCAAAUCAUGGAAUUUAGACCUCAAGGGGUGGAAUUCCAGUUUUCAGAGAAGCCCCUAGGGCUGGCAAAGGCCCAUCCUGUUUUCAAUGACAGCACCUUAAAGGGUGUCACUCUCUGCCAAAGGGCCCUAGCAACUGGUAGAAUGUGGGUUAUUAUGAGGACAGAGGAUUGUGAUGGUGGCUGGGCUGUGGAAUCUGGCGAGGCCAAAUGGUAGAGCCUCAAAAGUCGUCCUUUGGCCACAACCGGCAGCACUGUGGUUUUCUGGAUGGCAACAGAGGACAGGGAGAUGAUGGAAGGCGGGGGGGCCGGAGAAAGCUGCCCAACCUUUCCCAAGAUGGUGCCUGAUGACCCCAUGUCUGAAGGGAAGGCAAGGGCUUCUUUGGAGGCAGAGUCCCCAAAGCCAGACUCCUCCUACGACUACCUGGAGGAGAUGGAAUCUUGUGAGGACGGAGACUGCCCAGGGCCACCUAAGUCACCGUCCUCCAAGGCCGGCCCGGCCCCCACCAAGGGCCAGGCGGGCGACGGACCCGAACUCUCAGAGCUGCCCCCGGCCCCAGCCACGCCGGCCCCGGGGACUCCAGGGCCCCAGCGCAGCGGCGAGAUGGAGCUGGAGAAGGUGCGCAUGGAAUUCGAGCUCACGCGGCUCAAGUACCUGCAUGAGGAGAACGAGCGCCAGCGGCAGCACGAGGAAGUGAUGGAGCAGCUGCACCAGCAGGCCACGCCCCGCCUGUUCUCGGGAGGCCUCCAGGACCUCCUGCUCCCCCAGAACCAGUUCGCCAUGUUCCUGUACUGCUUCAUCUUUAUACACAUCAUCUAUGUCACCAAGGAGAUGAUCUUCUUCCUCUUCUCCAAGCACUACCUGUUCUGCAUCGCGGCCAUUCUGCUCUGUUUGAUUAAAGCUUUAUGGUCAUACCUCCAGGUGCCUUCGCUCUCUCCGUCACUGGGCACCACCCUCUCCCCCAUCAGAACCUGCUGUCAGGAAAGGCUUGCUGCCACCCAUCUACACCUUCGUGUGAAGAAACGUGGCCAGGCGUUGUAGUAAGCCUGAGUUCUCAGGGCGGGCAAAGGUGCUUU